AGAAUUUUCAAAUUCACAAAAUUAUUGAGUGAGACAUAAGUAAGCUAGCUAGCGAUUGAGAGAUCUCAAUACAACCUGUAGGAUCGAUAGAAAACCCUUUUUUACCUCAUAAGACUUAUUGUGCAUUGGUACAUACUAGUUCUACAUACAUUGUCUUAAUAGCAUUACCAAACCAUGAGGCUAUCUUUCCCUAUUAGUUCUGAACUCCAAAGCGUUGGUCAAUAUUGCAUCUCUGAACCCACUCCAAAUUUACCAUUUCUUCAACCUAAUAGCUCAAAAAUAAGCCUCAACAACAACAACAUUGAUUCCUUCUCUUCCCGCGCCAAAUUAUCUUGUGAUGAGGAACAACUAGCUUUAAGUUCACUCUCCACUACUUCAACUUCUUCUUUUUCUUCUUCUUCUUCCUUUGCAUUCUCUUCCACAAAAACAACCCUAUGUAAAAAAUGGAUGGAUAUUCAAGGAUUUAAAAACUGGGAAGGAUUGUUAGAUCCCCUUGAUGAGAAUUUACGUGGCGAAAUCGUUCGGUACGGACACUUCGUUGAUGCAGCCUACAAAUCUUGUGAUUUUGAGCCCUCUUCACCUUCUUACGCUCAGUGCAGAUACUCCAAAAGAAAGCUCUUAGCCCUAUCCGGAUUGCCGGAAACCGGAUACCGGGUGACGAAAAACCUGAUCGCCACUUCCGGCAUCCAGCUACCCAAGUGGACCGAAAGGGCACCAAAUGGGAUGGCAAUGCGGUCGAGUUGGAUCGGUUAUGUGGCGGUUUGCCAGGACAAAAGGGUCAUCUCAAAACUCGGUCGGCGAGACGUCGUGAUCGCGCUUCGGGGGACGGCCACUUGCUUGGAGUGGCUGGAAAAUUUAAGGGCAACCCUCACUCCGAUGCUAUCCGGCCAAAAUAAUAAUAACGAUAUUCAUCAUGAUGAUGAUUCCUCAUUACCAAUGGUGGAUAAUGGGUUUUUGAGUUUAUACACUUCAAAAAUCGGAGGUUUUCAAAGUUUACAAGAUUCAUUGAGGCAAGAAAUCAAGCGGAUCAUGAGCAUAUAUGUUGACGAACCCUUGAGUUUCACGGUGACCGGACAUUCAUUAGGGGCGGCGCUGGCGACUCUCGCCGCCUAUGAUAUCAAAGAAACCUUUAAAUGUAAACAUCUCGUGACCGUCGUCUCCUUCGGUGGUCCGAGAGUUGGAAACCAUAGCUUCCGGUGCCGGCUUGAGGAGCAAGGUACUAAAGUUUUGCGCAUAGUAAAUUCGGAUGACUUGAUAACCAAAGUGCCGGGCUUCGUUCCCGACGAUGAACCGCCGGCUGCCGGAGAACCAUCAUCCAGUAUGGGAAAUAAUAAUAAUAAUAAUCAUCUUCUAACGAGUUGGAUAGAGAAAGUAAUGGAGGAUAAUCAGUGGGUAUAUGCUAACGUGGGACGGGAACUCCGGCUGAGCAGCCGGAAUUCGCCGGAAUUAAACGGCGGGGAUUUCGCGACGUCCCAUGAGCUCAAGACGUAUCUGCAUUUGGUUAAUGGAUUUGUUAGUUCACAUUAAUUCUAUAAAAAUUUCGGUUUUUUGGAGAUAGAAGAAUGGUAUAAAAAGAGAAGGAAAGAGGUGCAUGUGUUUGUACGCAAGUGCAUGUGCAUGCCAAAAAUGUACUAUUUAUAAUUGGA